AUGUAUUCAAGUGCAUCUUUUCCACUUAAGCCACUGAUCACGGGUACGAUGGCUGAAGAAGGCUUAGCUUAUGUUCACGGUGUAUUGAAUACACCGCUGUCAUAUCCUGCUUAUCUCCUAGUCGGACCAAUACUAUUCGGUACCAAGUUUCCUGCAAUUCUUCUACGCUUUCCACAAUCACCAUUUACUGCCGAUAUGCGUCCAUUCUUGGUUAAACUUGUCACUCAAUGGGUAUUUGCAUGUCCAACACGUUUCCUUGCUCGUAAUACAGCUGCCUAUUCGUACGUAUUUGGUUAUCCACUUCGCACUAUGGGUCUUACAGAUGCAGGAGAUUGUGAGGCUCAUGCAUGUCAUGGUUAUGAAUUGCCUUUCUUAUUUCAAGCGUUUUGGUCUUAUUUUGAUAAUAACGAUCAAUACAUAUCCAAAACAAUGGCUACCUAUUGGACAAAUUUUGCCAAAAGUGGAAAUCCAAAUAAUCCAGUAAAAGUUCCUUUGACAUGGCCGAAACUAACUUCUAAAUCUGACAAGUAUUUGUACUUUCAAAAUCCAGUCCAAAUUAUAACAAAUUAUUUGAAGGAUGAGUGUGACUUUUGGGAUUCGAUUGGUUACUAA